GAGGGGGCGGGAUAUGAGGAAGCGCUGGCGGUCAAGACCCUGUGGAGGCGCGUAUUUGCCUCUAUAGCUGUUGUCAGACGGAGGAGGCAAGUUCCCCGGGCCUCGUGAAACAGCCGGCUGACAGGGGCGGCUUCUUGCCUUCGCCCACCCCGCUGGAGCCGGCAACGUGAGUGACCACAAGCGCCAACCCCCUCCCCAAUUCCCCGCGGCCCGUCCUACCUCACACGAAGCUGUAAACACCUCUUCGUGUAUGUGAGGAGGCUUCUCGGGGUGAAACGUAGUGGAUCCUAGCACGAUGCGGCAUUUAGAUGAGAUUAAUUUCCUUCGAUCUGGUUCGAUUUAGCUGGGUUGUCAAUGCCAUUAAAGGGACCCUUCAAAGACUGUCGUUAGUAAUUUGCAAAAGGAUGUUGAUGGGCUGCUUUCUAGGAAUUAACCUUCCAAACAGUGCGGGAUCGUUUUUCUUCAUUUUUUUCCUGGAUAAAUAACAAUGGGAAAAUUGCCGAGAAGAGAUACAACAAUAUGGCAACAAACUAAAGCACUUAUCUACAGAAACAUCCUCAUAAAGCGACGAAACAAAGAUCAGACGUUGCAGGAGUUGCUGCUGCCACUCUUUUUAGUUUUUGCCUUGGUUUGUUUAAGUGUUCUUGUACCUCCGCAAAUAUAUGGUAAGACGCUCACAAGUGAACCAGAAGAUUUGGAUGAUUUCAUACCACAGAAAUACAGACUUGGAUAUACCCCAGUGAACAAUUACACCACUGAAAUCAUGGGGGAAGUAGGAAAAUUCCUCGGGGUGUUACCGCAUGGAUUUACUGAUGAAAAAGCAAUGGAAGAAGUUUGCUGUUCAUAUGCUUUAAGACCAUUGGUGGGAGUUUCUUUCAUCAGUCCUUUAUCAUAUCAACUUCGUUAUCCCUAUAAUAAAGUUCCAAGUACUUCAGAAAAAAUUGAUUUCAUUGAUGAGAAAGCAAGUUGUCGUUUGAUUUCUGCUUCCUUGAAUCAACUGAUAGAUUGUCCUGGAGCCAUGUACCUAUUGUCAGGAUUUGCAACGAUUCAAAAAUAUAUUGAUGUCGCCAUUAUUAAGACACAAACCAACUAUUCCAUUUGGAAGGAUAUUAUGCCUCUACAAAUACAGAUGAUGGGGUUACCAAGUCACGUUGGUGCAGACAUCUUUUCCCAUCUUGUCACUUCUCUCUACUUCGUUAUUGCUUUUGUCCCAUUUGUCAAUUUCCUACUGAUUAAUCUUGUAACAGAGAAAAAGGAAGUGAAAGAGGUUAUGAAGGUGAUGGGACUAUAUGACUCUGCUUUCUGGUUAUCCUGGGGCUUCUUGUAUAUGAUUUUAAUCUUCAUCCUAUCUUUUGUGAUGGCAGUCAUUGCUACUCAGACAUCUCUGUUUCCAAGAAGCAGUAUAUUGGUCAUCUUUCCUUUGUUGUUUCUUUUUGGAAUUUCUAUUAUUCCUUUUUCAUUUCUGCUGACUCCGCUUUUUAAGAAUCAGAAGAUUGCCGGCUUGGUUGGAUCAUUAUUGCUGAUGGGUUUUGGAUUAUUUAGCCUUCUUACGGUGCUGGUUAGAGAUUUUCCAGUGUCUGCUGUGUGGCUGCUUUGUUUCUUUUCCCCUAGUGCCUUGGGCAUUGGGAUUUCACAGGUUGUUCUUCUUGAAGCUCUUGGCGAUGGUGCUCAACUAUCAAACCUGUCAGCAAGUCCAUUCCCCUUGUAUAUCCCUUUUAUCAUGCUAAUCUUAGACAGUUUGCUGUAUUUGGUUGUUGCUGUAUAUCUUGAUCAAGUCCUCCCAGGUGAAUUUGGGCAACAUCAGCCUUUCUUCUAUUUCCUUCAGCCUUCUUAUUGGUUCCGUAAAAAGAAACAUUAUGAUCCAAUUGAUUGUGAAAAUGAACUUGCCCAAGGAUCUAUAUUUAAUGAGGUGGUUGAAGCAAUGCCUGCAGAAUUUAAAGGAAAAGAAGCAAUCAGGUUAAGUGAUGUUUACAAGUUAUUUAAAGGAAAGGAGAAGAAGGUGGAAGCUCUGAAAGGUUUGUCGUUCGAUAUAUAUCAAGAUCAGAUUACCGCACUAUUAGGCCACAGUGGAACUGGAAAGACAACAUUAAUUAAUAUCCUCUCAGGAUUAUGUCCUCUAUCAAAUGGAUGUGCAACAGUUUAUGGCUACAAAGUUUCUGAAUUGGAUGAAAUAAUUGAAAUCAGAAAGAUGAUAGGAGUUUGCCCACAAUUUGAUGUCCUGUUCUACAGUCUUACGGUAAAGGAACAUUUAAAGAUAGUUGCUAUGAUAAAGGGAAUUGCAACAAAAGAAAUUGAUAAAGAGGUGCUAAAUGUCAUUAAAGAAUUGGAUAUGGAAUCAAUAAUGGAUGUCCGUGCAGAAAAACUCAGUGGUGGACAAAAGAGAAAGCUUUCAAUGGGAAUGGCCAUUUUGGGAGAUCCUAAGGUUUUACUACUUGAUGAACCAACUGCUGGAAUGGACCCUUGUUCACGGCAGCAAGUGUGGACCUUGCUGAAAAAGAGGAAGGCAGGAAGGGUGAUAUUGCUGACCACUCAUUUCAUAGAUGAAGCUGAUAUUCUGGCAGAUCGUAAAGCUGUUAUUUCACAAGGGCAACUCAAAUGUGUUGGCUCCUCACUAUUCCUGAAAGCAAAAUUUGGUGUGGGUUACAAUCUCAGAAUGUCUGUGAAUGAAUGCUGCUAUUCUGAUAAAGUGACAUCAUUGAUUAAAUAUCACAUUCCUAAUGCUGAGUUUUCACAGCCACAUGAUCUGGAGUUAGCAUAUGUUCUGCCUCUUCAGGAUGUUGACAAAUUUGCAGGGCUGUUUGAAGAUUUGGAUAGCCGUACCAAUCUGGGAAUUGAGAGCUAUGGGGUUUCCAUGACGUCUCUCGAAGAGGUUUUCCUAAAAUUGGAGUCAGAAUCUGAAAUGGAUCAAACAGAUUACAAUGUUUUUACCAGGGAUCCAGCACCAGAUGUGAUAGCAAAUGAAGAAGAUGUUUGCAUUGAUUGCAUUGAUCAUCAACUCCUGACUUUUCCAGAAACUCAUUCAGCAGUGCUGAUUGGCUCUGCUCUGUGGGAUCAGCAGUUCCGUACAAUAAUUUGGUUACGUCUUAAGAAUUUCACUCGUGAACGUAGUACACUUCUUAGCAUCAUUUACAUCAUUGGCCUUUUGAUAUGCAUCGUGGUCUUGAUGGCUUUGAUAAAUGGUACACUUAGUAGAAAAGACGUUGCAGUGAAGUUAUCCCCGGAGUUAAUUCUUCUACAACAAGGUCAAAAACAUCUCAAGUAUGCCACUAGCCUGCUCCUGAAAAAUUCCACAGAUAGUAGUGUUGAUCAACUUAUCCAUGGUUUGGAAGCUCAGAAUGUGAAAGUGGAGUUGUUCAGUGAGAGCGAGUUCACAGAUGUUGCUCCACAUAAUGCAGCAGUAAAUGUGACGCUAUCAGACGAGAAACGAUAUUCAUUCACAGCAGUAUUCAACAGCACCUUGGUUCACUCACUGCCAGUCUUGAUUAAUUUGAUCAGUAAUACGGUUCUCAUUAGCGUAAAUGGAUCUAGAAGGAUUCAAGCCUGGAGCAAACCAUUCCAUUUAACAAUUACUGAUACAGACUUCAAGGAAAAGGUUUAUAUGGCUUUGACAGUUUUGGGAUUUUUGUCAGCGGCUUUACCAGGAUGCUACACCAUGGAUAAUUCAAGAGAUCGUGAGAUCAAAUCUCGCUCUCUACUCCGGAUAUCUGGUCUUUUUCCAUCUGCAUACUGGUGUGGCUAUGCCUUGGUGGAUAUUCCUACUUACUUCAUCAUACUUGUAUUCAUGCUUGGCUUUGUGAUUGCAUUUAAUUCCACAUUUCUGCUUCAUGCGGGUGCUAUAAUUUCCAUGAUGCUAUGUCUGAUUGGCUGGGCUGCAGCAAUGACGCUCUUCUGCUAUGCCUAUUCCUUCAGGUUUGAACGAAUACAGUCUUCUCGAGAUUUUUUUAUGAUCUCUUCAGUUAUGAUCAAUAUAGCUUCAGUCAGUCUAGUAUUUAUAGUCCGGCUAAUACUAAAAGAAACGGCUGCCACCAUUCUGCACUCCAUUUUCUCAGUCUUCAUUCCACCUUACGUAAUUACAGGGUGUCUACACUUCACAGCCAAAGUAUUUCUGGAUCACAAGGAUGAGUCCAACCCAACUUUAGGAACAUACCUGCAGUGGGAAAAGAACAUCUUGAUAACUAUCAUCUCGCCUUACAUUCAAUGCAUAGUUCUGCUAUUUGUACUACGUCGACUAGAACAGAUUCAUGGAGGAAAAGCACUUCAAGCAGAUACAUGUUGCAGGAUUUUUCCUUCAAAAAAGAAAUUCAAACUCAAUACAGUAGAACCUGAGAAUGAGGAUGCUGAUGUCAAAGCAGAGAGGGCAAGGGUUCGACAGGCUUUAAAUUGUCAGAGCUGCGAGGAGAAACCAGCAAUUGUGAUCAGUAAUAUGCGUAAAGUUUACACAGGAAAGCUACAAGCGUGCAAAUGGUUUUCAAAGAAAAAAAGUAAAAAUACAGUGGCAAUCAAAAAUGUCUCGUUAUGUGUAAGGAAAGGUGAAGUUCUGGGAUUACUGGGCCCAAAUGGUGCUGGGAAAAGCACUACGCUUUCUGUAUUAACAGGAGAUUUAGAACCAUCAGCUGGCCAGGUAUUGAUGGGAGAUUAUUCAGCUGAUGGUUUUCAGAGAGAAAGCUGUGCAGAGAAUAUUGGCUAUUGUGCACAGGUGAACCCACUCUGGCCCAAGAUCACUGUUCAAGAACACAUGGAGAUAUAUGCUGCUAUCAAAGGACUUAGUAAAGAAGAUGCAGCAAGUGCUAUUAAACGCAUUAUGAACGCACUUGAUAUGAAAGAGUAUUUACAGAAACCAACAAAGCAAGUCUCCACUGGAAUAAAGAGAAAAUUAUGUUUUGCACUAUGCAUGCUGGGAAAUCCUCAGAUUGUGUUAAUGGAUGAACCAUCGACAGGUAUGGAUCCGAAAGCUAAACAGUUCAUGUGGAAAGCAAUUCGUGCUGCAUUUAAGGACAGACAACGUGGUGCCAUCCUAACCACACACUAUAUGGAAGAGGCUGAAGCACUUUGUGAUCGAGUUGCAAUCAUGGUGUCAGGACAGCUGCGGUGUAUUGGUUCCAUUCAGCAUCUGAAGAGCAAAUAUGGUGGUGGAUAUACACUGGAAAUGAAACUCAAAGAUGAGACAAUUGAAUCACAACGAAAAUCUGAGAUUCAUGAUAAAAUAAUGCAAGUUUUUCCCCAUGCUUCUCAACAGGAAAGUUUUGUUGCAAUGAUGACAUACAAAGUUCCCAAAGAUGAUGUGAAAUCUUUGUCAGAAGCAUUUUCUCAACUUGAAGAAGCUAAACACACUUAUGACAUAGAAGAAUACAGUUUCUCACAGUCAACACUGGAGCAGGUUUUCAUGCAGUUUGCUAAAGAACAAGAAAAAAAUGAAGAGGAUUAUAAAGUUCUGAAUACAAGUUUUCGAUGGCAGCAACUUCAACAAAAUGAAUGUUAAAAUAAUUCAUAGGUGUUCAACUGCCUUAUAACAAGGAAACCUCAAUAUGUUAUUAGGCUAAUAUCUACAAAAUCAGAUUCUAAUUGUUGAAUCUAUUAACAUUAAUUAAGGGAAAUAGUGCAUAUUUGGUCCAAAUGGUGCAGAUACAAGAAGAUUGCAAAAGAAAAUAUACUGCACCAUUUUAAAAACUUUAAACCUGGAAGUGCUUUAUUUAUUUUCAAUUAAAUGUAAUGAAAAUCUAAAUAACACAUUUAUCUCUGCAAUAAUCAACUGCAUGUUUAUUGUGCCAGAGAUGUUCUCUAAUAUGAUAAAAUGGUGUUUUUUAAUAUACAAGCCUACGCUGUUUGUACCCCUCGUUGCAGCAAUAAUUCACCACAAGGUGCAUUGCAUGAGGUUCUUUCGCCGCCCCCCCCCCCCCUCAGAAUUACCAUUGGCUGGUACUCCCAUGUUUUCAAAUCCAGAUCAGGCAAAAAUUAGAAAGUUAUUUUUCAAUUUUGCUCAAGCUAAUGAUGACAUUUUCCUAACACGGCACACAACUAACAAAAGUGCUAAGAUCAGUUCAUGUUUUAAUUAAAAAUAUGUAUAUUAUUUCCAGAGUAGUAGCAUUGAUUAGAAAUAAUAUUCUAAUUAUUUAUAAUAUUGUUUGUGUAUAUAAUGCGUUUCAAUAAUUCUUGCUUCAAUACGCUUUCAAGGGUAAAAAAGAAUGGAUGUUGACCUGCAUUAUUACAUAUAAUCUAGAGUUUUGUAGGUUGUUUGUACAAUGUAUUUUACAAUGUAUUUUUUCUACACCAUAUAACUGCAAAGCAAAUCAUUCAGACCAAAUUUAAGUGUACUUUCAGAAAUUACGACUUUUUAUUGUUUUUGCUUUAUAGCUGAUAUGUGGAAAUUUAACCUGUUCAACCAAAGGUGUCUGAAAUAAUCUUGCCUGGUAAUGAUUACUGCAUUUAUGGAUUUUUACUGAUCCUAAUCUAUGUAGCAGAAUCCACUCUGCACUGCAGUAUGUAUGUAUAACAGUACGAAACUGUGUUAUAGUGUUAUGUGUUAGGAUAGUAAGUUGAAUAAGGGAUUUUUAAAAUUUUGUUUGAUUUUUGUUAGUUUGAGUAAUGACACAAUGUUAGUUGAUGCAGUUUACUAGAAUUGUUGAUACUGUACUUAGUCCUGAAUGACUUAAGCAAGCAUCCUGAUACCAGUUUUAAAUCAAAUGUAAAUAAUUGCUGCCAUUUUACUAAGACCAAGCGCAAAGUUGAAUAAUAUUUUUUAGCUUCAGCAAUUGUAUCUGAAUUUGGAGUAUUCAGCUAUAUUUUUAUUUAAACUCAUCCAUUGAAGGCCACUAAGAUUUUAUGAUCAACGUACACACCCUUUUGUAAUAAGGUGUUUUAUGCCUUUUGUAAUUUGAAAAUUUAAGUUCAAAUGAGCAGUGUUCUGUGAAAUCUUGGUUUUAAUUUUAUAAUUAAAUGUGCAGCUAUUUGUUAUAGCUGUUAGCAGACAUGGAAAUAUAACAACAUGAAAAAGCAAAAUGUUUGAGCCUAACUAUACAAAGAUGUUUCUGAACAGUGUAAUUAAAGUUACUGCUACUUCAAAACGGUGUGUACAAUUGUUAAUUGUUUAAAAAUGAUAAUAUCGGUUGCAUUCUUUGAAUCUAAUUUAUUGAAUUUUAUAUACCUUAAAAUAUUUGGGUAAUACGAGUUAUAUUAUUUGACUAACUUGUUAAGUGGAUUGAACACAUACACCUUAACUAGCAGCUGAAUUUAUCUUUUAUUCACAGUGAGGCCAUUGUGCUAUUUCUGCAGCUGCACACUUGUACCCCUCCCAUCAGAUAGUUUAUUUCUCACCACCAAUUCUUUCACAGAAUAUUAUGUUGAAUCUUAUCAUUGGAAAAGUUUUGAUUUCAUUGCAAUACAUAGAUUUGUGAAAGUUAUGAAAGAUCAGAGUUAGAUCAGUUUAUUCAAUAUCUCUGUGAAUCUUUCCUUGGAACAGUGGACACCUUUGUGAAUAAUUGUGAUGUUUUCUCAUUAAGUGCAGCAGGAUCGACUUUAUAUCUUUGUUCUAUUUUUCAAAGGAGUGAGUAGAUAGUUACAGUCCAGUUGCUUUCAAUUACUGAUUGUAAUUGUUCUCACUUGAAAAUAAAAAAAAGAAUCUGCAAAUCUGAAAUAAAA